UCUAUAUUAAACCUCAUGUCUGUCGUAUUCUUUCUUUUACGUAGCACCAUAAGGUAACAUCAUGGAUCCACAAUUCAAGACCGUGAACGAGAACGACUCGUCAGUUAAGCAUACGACCAAUGGUCAUGGCGGUCAUAAUAAUUACAAUCCUUACGUCCAGACUACUAAACCUACCGCGGCUUCUGAUAAGAGGUCGAAAGAUAAGAUUCUUCAGGUGGUGAAUCGGUGCGGGAAGAAAAUGGAGCAGAUGACUCGUAAGGCUGAAUCAUUCGCUGACGGUUUGAAAGACCACCUGAAGUUUAGUCCUAGCUUAAGUGAUGCAGCAAGGGCUAGGCUUGCUCAAGGCACAAAAAUAUUGGUUGAAGGAGGACCAUACAGGGUGUUUAAAAGAGAGUUUGGUCUCUUAGCCGCAGAGAAACUCUUGGACUCGUUCGUUUGCUACAUCUCGACCACUUCAGGACCAGUGACCGGAGUGUUAUACAUUUCGAGUAAAAGAAUCGCUUUUUGUAGCGACUAUGCUAUCCGCAGUCCGUCCACUGGUGUUCCAGCUUAUUAUAAGGUGGUGAUGGAGUUGGGAAAGAUAACGAGCAUUAAUUCAUCAUCGAACGUGUUAAAGCCAAGCGAGAGGUAUGUGCACGUGGUGACACAAGAUGGAUUUGAGUUUUGGUUCAUGGGUUUCGUCUCCUACAUGGAUGCUUUCAAUUGUCUCAAUAAAGCUCGGUUUAAUUCCCAUGCAUUGUGAUUCUGUCAUGUAAACCAAUUCUACGACUUUUUUUUCAGUUCGAAUGAAGAUUAAAUUUCUAAGACCUUUUAUUAUCACUAAUAAUUCUAUGACUCAUAAGUCCAUGUAAACUACACGGCAUAGAUAACUUGUUCAUGGUCGUUGUUAAUGAGUGCGGUAUUAGAUACUUUGAAUUUGUGUAGUAUACGUUUCUUCUACAUCAAAA